AUGUACUUUGGAAAGAUAUGGUUUUAUCUAAUGGCAGCCAUAGCAAUGAUAGUUCUGUCCGGCGUCUCUAUAGUUCAUUCACAGGGAAUGCGCAGGUUUGUGCCGGAGAUCUUAUGGGCCCAUGAAAGCAUCAAGUAUACAGAAGAAGCCCAAAGCAAGGAAGAUGCAUCUGAUCAGUCUGAUGACGGUGAUGUUUGUCCACACUCGAUACUAAGUCCUACAUUCAAAGAAUGCUUGUUAAGUGCAGUUGCUGGACCUGUAGUAGAUAUGGAGCUACACAAACUAGCAAAGGUUAUGGACACAUGUGGAUUUUAUUGGGAGAAUGACGAGACAGGAAUGGACCCGCUGAUAGAAGUCUAUGAUGUCAUGGAGGAAUUGGUUGCCGAGCACAGUAAAAAGCUUCGAUAUAUCCAUAGCCAGUUGAAAGACGAGAUCGAAACAUUGCGGUUUGCUUUCACCUCAGAUAUCAAAACCAAACGGCAAGCGAUAUCAGAACUCAAAAAGCUAAGGCUCUUUAAGGUUGUAGAGAAUGAUGGCAAGUUCCAAAACCUAAAGUUCCAAGAUCAGUUUUUGAGUCCUAUAUUUGUUAAAGAGUUGGAUAUAGCUAAGUGUGGCAAUAUGGUCUUGACUACUUACAAACAGCUUUUUACUGACGAUGACAAGCGCAUCAUCGAUACACUAUUUUCUUCAGAUCCAGGCGACCAAAUAGUUGUAAAUACAUCCACAAUGAAUAAGAUGGUGUGGUUUUUCUACGAGUUUUAUACAUUCCAGAUGCUGGUUGUCAAUACUUGGCAUAAGUCUUACAAUGCCAGGUUUGCGCCCGAGUUUACUGCCGAGCAGGAAAAGAUGGCAAAGGAUCUCUUUGAUCUCACUCCGCUCCAGUUUUUGGCAAGUCACGGCGGAAAGAGCGGCACUGACGUGAUUAAUAAGCUUAUCUCUCCUGCUGGCCUUUCUUUAUUCUACAAAAACUGGCAGAAGAGACACGUGUCGACCGUUGAAAGGGGGUUAGAGGCACUUAGCUUCUUGAAAGGCCCCAACUCGCCCAUGACAAAGAACGAGCAAGAGAGACUCUAUGAGGUAUUCCUUGCAACAGAGGCAAUACUAUUUAUGAUGCAGAAAGGGAUAGAAACAAUGUCUGUUAAACUAGCGAUAUUUUCCAAUGAAAUCGAGUCCCGAAGGAAAGCCGCUACGGAAGAAAGUAGAUUGCCCUUCGAGAGUUUAGAAGAGUGUCUUGGAGUUGCAGACAGUUCAAUCAGAUAUAACUGGCAGUACCACUUGCCACCCAAAGCCCAAUAA